AUGUUGACCUUAACCAAAAUUGUGUUGAUUUCAAGUCUACUCAUUUGGUUACCAUUUGCAAGGCCUGAGAAAAAGAAUACAGGAAGAAAUGUAACUCAGUACACCACAGAUGAUUUGAAAACAGCGGGAAACCAAUCCAUUCCUUUGGAAAGGACAAAUGUGACUUCAGAGAAUGACAAUAGUAAUACUUCCAAACCCAUGGUGACAGACGCCUCUGUUUUGGAUUUACCCACGACCUACGAAACAAUACAUUCUACCAGUAACUGGCCAACAGAUAGCUCUACUGAGGGCCCAAGACCCACCUCCACAAAUUCCAUCCCUCCUGUGACUCAUAGGUUUAUUUCCACGUUGCCUUUGAACUCAUCCCCAGCAGCUUUCUCAGCACAUUCCGAUCCUACGCAUUCUGCACCAUCAGAAAGUUUCACCUGGUCUCUGGACAAUGACACCAUGAACAUUCCUGACAAUAUUUCCAGUACAGACAACAUUCUCCCUCUGCCUCCGAUGACUACACCUGUGACCCCUCUGACAGAUGAACCUACUGAAUGGCCUGCCACAGACAAUGACAACUUUGCUGGUUUUACCAUGUAUCAAGAAAAAACAACUUUACAGCCUACCUUAAAAUUCACCAAUAAUUCAAAAUUUUUUUCCAAUACAUCAGACUCCCCAAAAGAGUAUAAGAAUACGGGAAUAGUAUUCGGAGGCAUUUUAGGGGCAAUUUUGGGUGCAUCCCUGCUUAGCCUUGUAGGCUACUUAUUGUGUGGACAACGGAAGACAGAUUCGUUUUCCCAUCGGCGACUUUAUGAUGACAGAAAUGAACCAGUCCUGCGAUUAGACAAUGCACCAGAACCUUAUGAUGUCAAUUUUGGAAAUUCUAGUUACUACAACUCAGCUGUGAGUGAUUCAUCCAUGCCAGAAGGCAGAGGAAGUAUGCAAGAUGGCAUUCCCAUGGAUGAUAUACCUCCAUUUAGAACCUCAAUGUAA